UCAAGUGUUUUGUUCACGCGGAGCUCCAGUUUCAUUCUGACAGCAGAUGAGGAAGUCUAUCUCUGUCCGAGACCGAGGUCCUCUUUCAACGAGUAAGAACAGAAAUGGAUUUUGUGAGAGAAAUUGAUCAGGAUUAACUCACAUGUUCCUGGUUUUGGAAGGAUGACACCAAAUCUUUAAGGAUUAAACACACCAUCAUUUUCUAAGACAACCUUGGCAUUAAGUCACUUCUGGACCCUAAUCUUACUGGAUUACGCACCUCAUCUGUCUAAUGUUUCCACCACUGAGCUUCAGCACGAGAUGGUGUGCUGGGAAUUUGGCUGUUUGACAGAGACUCGACAGAAAUGUCGAAGUCAAGCAGACAGGGGAUGUGCAACAGCGAACUUCCCCGGUUCCUUGUUGGAAGUGAGGGUGGUGAAAGCAGAGAGCUGGAUGACAUAGACAUGAGGAAGAUCUCAGAACAUUACAGGGAGGAGGAGGAGGAGGAGGAGGAGGAUGAUGAUGAUGAGGAUCAGUCAGAGCGUCAGAUUAUGGUGGGGAUCUGCUCCAUGAUGAAGAAAUCGAAAUCCAAACCAAUGACUGAGAUUCUGGAGAGGCUCUGUAAGUUUGAGUACAUCACUGUGGUCAUUUUUCCAGAGGAGGUUAUACUCGGUGAACCGGUGGAGAAGUGGCCGUUGGGUGACUGCCUCAUUUCCUUUCCUUCCAAAGGAUUUCCCCUUGACAAAGCAGUAAGUUAUGCCAAACUAAGAAACCCCCUCCUUAUCAACGACCUCAAUAUGCAGUAUUUCAUUCAAGACAGGAGGGAAGUGUACAGGAUUCUACAGGAAGAGGGCAUUGACCUUCCACGCUAUGCAGUGUUGAACCGGGACCCCGACAGACCAGAGGAGGGGGUGGUAUGUUUAUGUUCCCCACCCCGUGUAUUGUCUUUCAGGUAUGGCCAUUUCUCAGGGAUCAACAGGAAGGUGCAGCUGACCUACCUGCCAAAUGGGCAGCCCAAAGCAUCCAGUGAGGAGGAAGAUGCUCUGAAGGAGGGCCCGUCUCUACUGCUGGUGCUGAAGUGGGGAGGUGAGCUGACGCCAGCGGGUAGAGUUCAGGCUGAGGAGCUUGGACGAGCCUUUCGUUGCAUGUACCCUGGAGGACAAGGCGACUAUGCCGGCUUCCCUGGUUGUGGCCUUCUCCGUUUACACAGCACUUACCGCCAUGACCUCAAAAUUUAUGCAUCAGAUGAGGGUCGUGUGCAGAUGACUGCGGCGGCUUUUGCAAAGGUUUGUUGGGAUUUGUCUGCUGGGUAUGUUGAUCUACAGCUAUACCACAGUGAGACUCUGGAGCUCAUGCUGCAGCGCUGGUCCAAACUGGAGCGUGAUUUCCGCAUGAAAAACGGCCGCUAUGACAUCAGUAAGAUCCCAGACAUCUAUGACUGUGUGAAAUACGACACCCAACACAAUUCUUCUCUGGGGCUGGAGGACACGCUGGAGCUUUUCCGUCUGUCCAGAGCACUUGCAGACAUCAUUAUCCCACAGGAGUAUGGAAUCACUAAAGCAGAGAAGCUGGAUAUCGCCAGUGCCUACUGCCUGCCUCUGGUCAAGAAGAUUCAGCUGGAUCUUCAGAGAACACAUGAGGACGAGGCCGUCAACAAGCUGCAUCCACUGUACUCGCGGGGAGUGAUGUCUCCGGGUCGACAUGUUCGAACCCGGCUAUAUUUCACCAGCGAGAGCCACGUCCACUCCCUGCUUAACAUCUUUCGCUACGGAGGCCUGUUAGACGAGCAAAAAGAUGAACAGUGGAAGCAGGCUAUGGACUACCUCAGCGCUGUUUCCGAACUCAACUAUAUGACACAGAUUGUUAUUAUGCUGUAUGAGGACAAUAACAAGGACCCCUCCUCAGAGGAACGUUUUCACGUGGAGUUGCACUUUAGCCCGGGAGUGAAGGGGUGCAAGGAUGAGGAUAAUGCACCAAUGGGUUUUGGCUUCCGGCCUGCCUCCUCUGAGAACCACGAGAAGCAGACAAAUCCAGGCAGUCUUGAAGACCUUUCCCAAGACGAGCCCGACAGAGCCGCACUGACUGAGCCAAUCAGCAUUCAGAGGAAGUCGCCACUCAUUCGAGGCCGAAAGGCUGGAUCUAUGGAGGCUCUUUCAGAGAGCAACACUUCUUCUCGAGGGCUGGCGUAUCGCAUCUUCCCAUCGUCUUCUCGUCAGUCACCUGAGAUCAAACCCAGCGGGCUAGGCGCCCAGUGUGCGGGCCUCUUCAGCGCCUCCUUCCCCAACCUGAGAGACCUAUCACGAGUUCCCCGCAAAAAGCCCUCCUCGCUCAGGAAUCGGUCUUCUCAAACCGAGCUGCUCUCUAUGCCGGCAGUAAAGAGAUUUUCUGUGUCGUAUGCCAGGCAUCCGACUAAUGCGCUCUUAAAUGAGCAUCAGGUGGUAAAGCUGUUAGCUGGGCUCCACCACCUACACCGCUGCUCCUACCACCUCCGCCUGCUCCUUGCUGGCCAGAAACCCCCAGAAUGCCUCUCUGGUCAGCACUCUUGUUACUUGCUCAGUCCUUCCCCUGCUUCAUGUCUUACUACCUCAUUUUUGAUAUACACGUGCAAAGUGUGUGAUGCUUCAGCUUAUGCCCAAGUGUUACAGUUAUCUGCUCUGCUCUUUUAUCUGACUUCUUGCUUUUCUUCAUUCUUCACUCAGUGGCCUUUCUUUCUGCUAUAUAACAUCUCAUAACCUCUGUUCCUCUUUUCUUACCGCAUGCCUGUACAUAUGGCUUGGU